GAACACCUCAUUUUCGAAGUUAUCGACCACACCCACCACCGCACGCGUGUAAAAGACAGACAUAUGAGGGAAUAGCGACGCGCCUAUCCAGGAGCUUCUAAGAGACCUGGUUCUGCGCAUGGGUGAAGCUCUAACCUUGGACAGCGGGCUUUGCGCCUGCCUCGUGUGAAGGAGACCUAAAGCAUCGCAGGAGUCGUCGGUUUGGGCAUCAUGGCGCAACCACAGCAGCAGUAUCCGAUGCCUCCACAGACCUCGCCUUCCCCGGGGGCACCACAGCAAUUUACGCUCCCUCCAAAUAAACGGCAACGGCUCUCACCAAAUCCACCCUCGCAGCCCGGCUCUCCCUACGUUCAGUCACCUUACGGAGGAAUGAACCCCAACACCGCACCUCCAUCGGCUGGCGCAUCCCCUCACUUUCAAAAUGUUCAACUUCCAAAUGUGUACAAUACUCCAUACUCGAACGGGCACACAACUCCGACCUUAAGCCUUCCUCAAUCUCAACCCAUUCAACAAAACCCCCCUCUUCAGAGUCCACUCAAUUUCCCUGGCCAAAACCAACCCAGCCAGCCACCGAACUUCAAUAACUACAGCAUGGCGCCGCAGGGUCCCGGUGCUAUGGGCCCUCCUUCGAAACCCGUUGAGAAGCCCAAGGAAGAUGGCAUGGACGUGAUGGAUGUGUUAGGUGGAACUGGCGUCGAUUUACGAGAAGAAGAACAAUACACAUUCCAGAUGUACAACACAUCCUUCAACUCCCAGCUCUCUGGCUCCCAGUCAGGCACGAUCUCCUCCGGCAAUAGCUUCACCCAGUUCCCGCCAGCAGACGAACGCUCUUUCUUUGGAGCGGGACCAGCAAAUGCAGCCCCCGAGAAGACAACUAUCCAGUCACAGGACGAAUACCAUAAGAAGGCAGCAGACAAGGCUUGGCACGAUGCUGCUCGAAAUUUGGCGUUGUCGCGGCAAAGAGAGUUGGACAAUCCCUUCUUGCAAGUCGGCCUCGUACAUACGAGGGUGCAGAAGAUCGCUCGUGACAACGGGCUCCUACUGAACACCGACCAGAAGGGAAUGAUGGGAACCAUGAAGUUGCCAGAAAAUUUCCAGCAAAGGGAUGUGAGGGUUCAGACGGCAGUCGCUCCGGGCCUUGCUCUCACUGCUACUAAUGGCAACUUUCUUCCUGCCGAUUCUAUGCUGGUUGACCAGCUUGCUCUUCUAUCCAUUGCCACUAAGCAUCGACUACGAGGACUGGUCGAGGACGCCGCGAAGCUUGCCAGAGGCCGACGAACUGGCUCUCAUGGGAUUAUUCCUGAGGAGUGGGCUGACGCUGCAGCACCGUGUAAUCCUGAUACCUCAAGCGUCGUCACUGAGGGUGCGCCCAGGAGUGGUUGGGAGAGUGCUGUCAGCCCCCACUCCAACCCACUAAAGCGUUCGUUCUCUUCUGGGAACGAAAUUCCCACACCCGUUUCUGGCGGUGGCAAGGCCCCUGUCAAUAACAACAAAAUCACGAACGACGUCGUUAUUGCUCUACGCGCAGAGGCCCAGAAGGAGAGAGACAUUGAAGAGGCACGCUUGCGUAAGCGGCAGAACAGAACCUCUGGCCAAGGAACACCCCGGCAACCUUCAACCGUACCUGGUACACCAGGCUCUUCUGCUCCCGAACCCCCAGAGAAGCCACCGACCAAGAAGGAGCAAAAGAAGAAAGCCGAGGCAAAGGUUAACGAAGCCGCAAGUCAUGCUGCAGCCAAUCAAACGACCUCCCAGUUCUUGGGAGGCGGAGGCGGAGGCGGUUUAUUUGGCAAGAAAAAGAAAUACAGUUGGAUGACUGGAGGCGCUGGCGGUUCUGCAAGUGGCACAAGCACUCCUGGUCGGAUCAUGACGCAGGGCUUGCCAGGCACUCCUGGAGGUGCAGUGGGGAAUGCUGUACCAGAGAAGUUGACUGGUGAGGCGGCGAGAAGACUAGGAACAUGGAGAGAAGAUCGCGAAAAGGGCGUGGGUAUUCAGCUUCGAGAUUGGGUUACCGUCCUUGAGGAUGAUGGAAACGAGAAGAAGGCGUUGCAGAAGGCUUAUAUGUGGCUCGAUCAGUCAGAUCCCAAGUGAGCCAGCAUAGAUUUGAGGCGACUGGUAUAAAAAUCCCAACACUGUAUUUUGAUACUUAUACUUUGCGAGGCGUUGCAUUGGGAUGCGGCGUUUUCUGGCCUCCGGGAAGGACGGCUUGUACCUUCCUCAUAUUUCGAGGCACACGGAGAUGAUACAUGGCAUAUGGAUGGAUGGGGUUACAUCAAUGGAGCCAUUAAAUUUCAGGGUCUUUGUCUACAGUGAACUACCACCCCUUGAUGUGCCCUAGUCAAACCAAACGAGCGCCACGCGCGACAGGGAACAUCAACCCAUCAGAUUCCCCUUUGCGGUGUGUAACGUCCUCGACCGAAUCUUGACUUUG